ACGUCUACGGUCUACGUUUUCGAUUGUCGACCGCUCAUUACCGCUAGCCAGCCGACAUGCACUCCUUCCAACUCAUUAAAUUUAUUCACGGAGUGUAGAGUAUUUUACUCAAAACAAAUAAAACAUAAAAAAAGAAACGUGUCGGGUUGCGAAUAAAUACGGUAGUGCGGAUAAAGUUCAUAAGAUGUGUUCGCCAUAAAAGUUGUAAAAACAUCGGUGCGAUAUCCACAUUUUGGAUCCGGAAACCUACUUCCAAUAUUCGCAUACUUAUUAUCUCUCGUUUUAAUUUAACUGUUCUUCUGUGAUAAUUGCCGUAGAUAUUAGUUUAACGCCUUUUAUUGGAUCGGUGGUUAUUAUCGUCGCCGCGAGUAGUUUCCUAUCACUCGGUCAGCGCGACCUUUAAGAAACCAGCGUGUACGAAUUGUUAUGUGGCAGUGAAGUGUAGAAGUAAACAUGUUUAGAAGCAAGAUAAGGAUUCACACAUGCAGAAUAAUCUUGCUGACAUCCUUAGUGUGGUUGUUGGUGGAUGUAGUUCUACUGACUCUCUACUCUGACUGUAUUGGUGAUGGCUGGGAUUGCAAUAAAAAUAAAAAUGCAGAUUUCGUUGCGCCGGACAACACACACAAAGAAGAGUACAGAGGCAAAAAAGCCGCUAUAGCGGCAGCGCUCAAAUCGGAACAAGAGAACGAGAUAGAAGAUUCCAUCGUCGGCGUACAUGACGUGGAAGAUGUCGGGGAAGACGGGCUGCUGCUGUCGCCGUAUCCCAAGUCGAGACUUAAGCGGUGGGAGAAGGCGCCAUCUGUGCUACCGCAAGGGAACUCGCCUGGCGAAAUGGGUAAAGCGGUGAACAUCCCCAUAGAGCAAGAGAAGCUCAUGCUGGAGAAGUUCCAGGAAAACCAGUUCAACCUGAUGGCUAGUGACAUGAUCUCACUCAAUAGAUCGCUUACGGACGUCCGGUUUGAGAAAUGCAAAGACAAGAGCUACCCGGCGCUCCUGCCGACCACCAGCGUGGUCAUAGUAUUCCACAACGAAGCGUGGACUACCCUGAUCAGAACCAUAUGGAGUACGAUUAAUCGUUCACCGAGGCCGCUACUCAAGGAAAUCAUACUAGUCGAUGAUGCUAGUGAGAAAGAACACCUCGGCAAAAAGCUAGAAGACUACAUAAAGACGCUGCCGGUACCGACGCACCUGUUCAGGACAGAGAAACGCUCCGGUCUCAUCCGAGCGCGUCUGCUGGGCGCUAAACACGUCAAGGGAGACGUCAUCACCUUCCUCGAUGCCCACUGUGAAUGCACGGAGGGUUGGCUCGAACCAUUACUGGCCCGAAUAGUCGAAGACAGAAGCACAGUGGUGUGUCCCAUCAUAGACGUCAUCUCGGACACCACGUUCGAGUACAUUCAGGCUUCGGACAUGACCUGGGGAGGCUUCAACUGGAAACUCAACUUCAGAUGGUACCGCGUCCCCGAGCGCGAGAUGCAGCGCCGCGGCGGCGACCGCACGGCCCCCCUCCGCACCCCCACCAUGGCCGGCGGGCUGUUCGCCAUCGACCGGGACUACUUCUACAAGAUCGGCUCCUACGACCAAGGCAUGGACAUCUGGGGCGGAGAGAACUUGGAGAUGAGCUUCCGGGUGUGGAUGUGCGGGGGCACGCUGGAGAUCGCACCGUGCUCGCACGUGGGGCACGUGUUCCGCAAGACCACGCCCUACUCGUUCCCGGGCGGCACAGGGCGAGUGGUCAACCACAACAACGCGAGGCUGGCCGAGGUGUGGCUCGACGACUGGAAGCAUUUCUACUACAACAUCAACCCAGGAGCGCUCAACGUGCCCGUUGGCGACGUGAGCGAACGAAAAGCGCUACGAGAGAAACUGAAGUGCAAGAGCUUCCGCUGGUACCUCGAGAACAUCUACCCGGAGAGCCAGAUGCCACUCGACUAUUACUACCUUGGAGAGAUACGCAAUGCGGAGACGUCCAACUGUCUGGACACGCUCGGAGGGAAGGCGGGGCAGCCUCUCGGCAUGGGCUACUGCCACGGAAUGGGGGGCAAUCAGGUGUUCGCGUACACGAAGCGUAAGCAGGUGAUGUCCGACGACAACUGCCUCGACGCGGCGCACCCGCACGGGCCCAUCAAACUGAUCCGCUGCCACGGCAUGCGCGGCAACCAGGAGUGGACCUACGACUCCAAGGCGCGAACGAUAAAGCACACCAACACGGGGAUGUGCCUCGACAAGCCCGAGUCCGCAGACGUGUGGAAGCCGGUGCUGCGGCCGUGCAACCACUCCCGCGGCCAGCAGUGGCUCAUGCAGGUCGACUUCAAGUGGCAGGCGCGCCGCAACCAGAGAGAGCAGGACAGCUAGUCCGCGACCCCC